UUUUUGCAGAUGAACCAACAAUGCAAAGUUUGCGGGGAGCCAGCCGCCGGCUUCCACUUCGGCGCUUUCACCUGCGAGGGCUGCAAGUCGUUCUUCGGGCGGACGUACAACAACCUGUCUUCGAUAUCUGAAUGCAAGAACAACGGAGAGUGCGUUAUAAACAAGAAGAAUCGGACGUCGUGCAAGGCCUGCCGGCUAAGAAAAUGUCUGUUAGUAGGAAUGUCAAAAUCCGGAUCUAGAUACGGCCGGAGAUCUAACUGGUUUAAAAUCCACUGCUUACUACAAGAACAGCAGCAACAGCAUAUCCAGCAUAUGCAAACGAAUAAAUCGCCUCCAACCUUUAAUUCUUCUAUCAACACUUCCUUUCCUCCUAUAAAUCUUCUGCCAGCCGCAGCCUUAGCAGAGUAUUACAAAAGCUCAGAGAAGAGCCAAUUCACUGAAGACGUGACGCGGCAAAGCAUAUCACCGUCAGACUCUGGAGCGUCGUCAGCUGAUCCCGAAGACGAUAAUAGCUCUCGAAGCACUAGCGGCCUAAGUAUAUUCAGACCUGCUUCCUCGCCAUCCAGUGAAAAAGACGUCAGGCUACAUGCUGUUAGGAGCCAAACAAAAGACGUCAGAAAACGGAAACCUUCUACGCUUCCACCGUCUCCUUUCGGGGCUACUCCUAGCUUUACCAGGACAGGAGCGUACCUACAACCCGUCCAAAAUCUUCGAUCGUUACCAACCGGUAUUCCUACAUGGCAGAACUGCAAUGGUGGUGACCUGAUCCUUCAUUCUCCAGCAGUGGCCGGAGUGGCCAUAGAACAAGACCAACCGAUCGACCUGUCCAUAAAGUCGGCUGUUCUAUACCGUAGUCCAAAGAACGAUGAGUUGAGCGAUUCAGAACCGGAGUUGAGUAUUGAUAUGAGUGAGGACAGUGCGAAAGAUAUUAUGAAAAAUCCAUUAGACUUGUCUUUGGUACCGAAAAGAAAGGAAGAAGUGCCUUUAACUGGUUAAAUUACUUAAACAAUGAUUGCCUUGAAUUUGGCCAUAGUUUAAAGUUGCGCGCAAUUUUAUAGCGUUGAAAUUGUACAUUGAAGUCAGACAUGCCUACGUAAUAUAUAAUAAGUUAAUAGAAGCAUAAUUUCGAAACGCUUGGAUAUAACGAACUGACACGUCGGUAAAAUCGUUUCCAUGUUAGCCUAGUAGACGCAAGAUGGUCAGUGAAAUUAUUAAAAGUUAAAAUUCAGAAUUGUUGCGCUCUGAUUUGUACGUAUUGUAUUAAGUAUUAAGACAUGUCACGGCCAUGUAGUUAUUUUCCUUUAUAAUAAGUAGACACUUAAGUUUUUAGUUAGCUUAUUCCAUACGAAUACUCUGCCAUACAGUAUUUAUUAAGUCUGUACAUUUCUGUUUUCUUGAUUACCUGACCUAAAUACCAUAAUUGUAAUGUUUUAUUUUGUAAUUUUAGGUAGGUAGUGAAUAUAUAUUUAUUUGAAUU